AUGUGCCCGCGUGCUUCACCUGGACUGGAUGUUGGGCCUCAUUUUCUAUCUGCCAUUUCAGCGUUGCCACUUAAAUGUCUCUUUGUACACAUGAAGAAGCCAUAUCAAUACAUGCUAGUUCUUUGGAUCUUUCAAAAUCUAGAUGAUAUGGGUGUUACACAGAUUGGACUACGUAAGCGUAUUUUGUUCCUGUCUUCUGUUUGGCGAUGUCAAAUUAAAAGGGAGAGUUCUGUAGAACAAUUACUACGACACUUUGAUGAGGAAAAUUUCUCAAUUGACCUUUUGAAUAGUAAGGUAUCCAAUGAACGUGUUCCUCAAACAUCAUGUGGUGAUGACAACUCAGAUUGUACUAUGAACAGUUCUUUUUUAAAUGAUACUAAUUAUGAAGUGGUUGAAGAAAACUCGAAAUCAUGGAAACUUAUUAUUAGUUGUUUGUAUUUUCUAUUUUCUACAUGUGUCACCUCUUUUGUUAUGGUUUUGGCGCAUGAACGCUUACCUGAAAUAUCAAAGUAUCCUCCAUUACCGGAUUUAUUUUUAGAUAAUCUUCCUCAUAUAAGUUGGGGAUUUACUGCAGCCGAAUGGGUUGGUGUUAUUUUGUCCGCUAUUUGGAUAACAAUUUUGAUUUUUCAUAAAUAUCGAUGGAUACUUGUACGUCGUUUCUUUGUACUUAUGGGUACAGUAUUCUUAUUGAGAUCAAUUACAAUGAUUAUCACUUCACUUAGUGUUCCGGGUAGACAUUUAGCUGAACACUGUAGUCCAUAUAUGGUGAAAAAUCAGAAUGAACGUCUUAAACGUGUACUUGAUAUAUGGUUAGGAAUGGGUAUGUCUAUUAGUGGGAUACAAACAUGUGGUGAUUAUAUGUUUAGUGGUCAUACUACUUGUCUUACUCUUCUCAAUUUUUUUAUCACUGAAUAUUCACCAAGAAAUUUUCAAUUAUUGCAUACAUUCUCUUGGGUGUUAAAUCUUUUUGGUGUAUUUUUUAUUCUUGCUUGUCAUGAACACUAUUCUAUUGAUGUAUUCAUUGCUAUUUAUGUAUCAUCAAGAUUAUUUUUAUAUUAUCAUUGUUUAGCUAAUAGUAAUAUUCUUCAUCAACCAGGUAAAGAGCGUACAAUGAUCUGGUUUCCACUUUUCUCUUUCAUGGAAUAUGAUGUUAAAUCUACUGUGCCGAAUAUUUUUGAAAUUCCUUUCAGAUAUAAAAAUAAUCUUAGUGAAACUAAUAAUAAUAGUGAUGGUAAUAAUGAUCUCUGUGAUAAAACGAUAUCAAAUACUGAUAAUAAGCAAUUAUUUCACUGUACAUUUCAUAAAGAUUUUAAUUCGUCUUUGGCAUUAGAUAAUCCAAAACGUCUUAAGUUUCGAAAUAAUUCGAAGGGUAAACAUAAACGAAAAGAAAAUUGUUAG